AAAAAUGUAAAAGAGAAAUGGACUUCGAUUUGGAAAGUGCUUUUACUAGUUUAGUUGAUCCUUGGAUUUCGGGAGGACGGACGGCCGGCAGUAAUGGCGAAAGCUAUAAACGAUGUUAGCGUUCCAGAAGACUUGGGUCUGCGGGAAAAGCUACUGCUGGAGAAACACGCGGACUAUUUGGCUACGUAUGGAAAUACUGAAGAAGGGAGUGAGCACGCAUACGAAUAUUGCGUUACGGAGUACCUGCGGAUGAGCGGCGUUUACUGGGGCCUGACUUGUAUGUCACUACUGGGUCAGCUGGAUAGAAUGAACCGUGUGGAGGUAGUGUCGUUUAUACGCAAGUGCCGUUGCGAUAACGGUGGUUACAGUGCUAGUCCUGGUCAUGACUCACACUUACUCUACACACUGAGUGCAAUACAGAUUUGCUGCCUGUAUGAUGCCGUGACGGAGUUGGACGUGGAUGGUAUUGUCGAGUAUGUGGCCGCGUUACAGCGGGAAGACGGCUCGUUCAGUGGUGACCAGUGGGGCGAGGUUGACUCGCGGUUCUCCUUCUGCGCACUGGCGUGUGUCACGUUACUGCACCGUCAAGAUGCUAUCGACGUGCGGUCGGCAGCUGACUUCGUUGUACGGUGCAUGAACUUUGACGGUGGAUUCGGCGUAGUCCCGGGCUCGGAGUCGCACAGUGGCCAGGUCUUCUGCUGCGUCGGUGCUCUGGCUCUGGCAAACCAGCUGGACAGUAUUGAUGCAGAUACCCUCGGCUGGUGGCUAUGCGAGCGGCAGUUGCCGUCUGGCGGUUUGAAUGGCCGUCCGGAGAAGCUACCCGACGUCUGCUACUCUUGGUGGGUGCUGUCCUCGCUAGCUAUGAUUAAGCGCCUUCACUGGAUCGACAAGGACAAGCUGCGGCGCUACAUCCUCGCCUGCCAAGAUGACGAGACCGGCGGCUUUGCCGAUCGUCCGGGCAACAUUGUCGACCCGUUCCACACACUGUUUGGCGUCGCAUCUUUAUCCUUGUUAGGUGACACAAGUGUUGAGAAAGUCAACCCGGUGCUGUGCAUGCCCCAGUCAGUAUUGGACCGUGCCAAUGUUUACCUUCUAUAAUUUGCUGAAAUUCUGCAUGCUUUCAUGAUUUUAACCCUAUUUUCAAAAUAUUCGAAACAUUCGUCACCUUUUUUUUUAGAUUCCGUUUUCAAAAUUGUUGUCGUUGCUCUUGAAGUUGUAUAUUAUAUAUUUCAUGCAUUUUUAGAUCACCACUUGAGGAAAGGAUGUACCUUACUCCGCCAUCACGUA